CAGUCUGCUGAUAGGACAAACGUCAUUUUGUGACGUUUGUUGAUUUUAUUAUUGUGAAGAUUUUGUUGAAAAACUCGGAAUACUUAAAAAAUAUAAAUGAAAUGACUUAAUAAGGAGGCAAUAAAUUAAUAGCAACAAUGUCUUUAAACGCAGCACAAGAUAUAUUUGAGUUGUGCCCCUUAAUUGAGAAUAUCGACAUAAAGUUAUGUGCUAGAUGUGAAAAUGGGGUGAAACAAUUAUUGGCUCUAGUCACAAGUGGAGGAGAUCUUGUACUGCAUUAUGCAUAUGGAGAAUUGACACCAGUUUUAAGACGAAUACCAUGGCUUAAUGAUUCCCAGAAAACUAUACAGGCUAUCUGUUUCGAUCCAUCGGCUACUUGGCUCUUAGCUGUUUGCAUUGAUAGUUCACUAUACAUCAUCCCUGCAUUGAGCAUAGUUGACAAGAAGCAAAAAGUUGAUUGCAAAUGGUCGCUGAACGACACAACAUAUUUUCCAAAGCACCCCCAGGUGCCAGAUGCAAAACCAACGAGUAUCAUCUGGUGGCAGACAUUUGACUGCAACCAGAAUGCUCUGGUAGGUUUCGAGAAUGGAAAUAUUGUGCUGAUUAGCUUGACAGACGGAAGAUGUCUAGGCAGCUGUAGUAUAGGUGAACCUGUGAAAUUGUUGUGUCUGUGUCAGGACAAUAGUUUGGAAACAGUAUCUCUGUUGAUAAAUGCUGAAAGUGGGCAACAGUGGAAGCUUGUUUUAGAACACCAUUCUUCGGGAUACAUUUGGCCACCUGAUGCCAAUAACCAGUCUGACGAUUCUACCCGCUCGCGGCUAUACAACUUGAAACAAAUGGGCGUGGACAAGUUGGCUUCUCUUCGGCAAAGGUUUUCGGACGCUAGGGGCGGGAGAAGAGACAGUCAAACCAGCGACACGACCAGCGAAUCAUCGCAUUCGGAGUCGAAUCAUUCGGUUCACUCUGGGCCUGAAUUGUUGCCGCAUCUGUGCGAUACGUUCUUCGCGCCGCAGUACGCACGGAAUCGAUAUUUGUUUUCCGCUUUUUACAAACCAACAAGCUUGCUGACGGUGCAUGCAGUUGAUGUAGAAUCAGCCCCAUUAUACGUGCACAAGUUACCACAAAGGACCUCUGCCAUUUUGUUGACGGAUAGGUUAAUAUACACAGUGAAUGAUGACAAUACGAUUAUAUCUGUUUUAAGCGCACAAUUAUCGGAGUGUAGACUAGAAGGGGAUGCGGAGUUUAACAACGAAGCGUUGGUUGCACAGUUUUACAUGGAAAACGACAAGAGGAUCUUGCAAAUGUUCAAACUGUCCGAUCUUUCCGCAAUUAGACUGAAGAAGAAUCGCGAUGACGGAAAGAAAGACAAGCUGUUCGAAUUACCGAAAACUGUUGACGAUUUGAAUAUACAGAAACCUAGGAUAGAUACGUGCGUUGUUGUAACGCAAAGAUCGGUGUAUAAAAUAAGUAUUAGAUGCUCUCCAAUAAAAACAUUUGUCGAAUACGUGACUGAUGAAAACGAUUUAGAACGAGCUGAAAAAAUAUCGCUUAUAUUCGGAUUGAAUAUACAGCAACUUUUAGAAGGUUGCGGUGAUCUUCUGAUAUCCAGAGGGUCAUACCAUUCUGGGAUAAUUUUGUAUAAGCAGGCUAAAGUGCACUUAUUGAAAAGGGUAUUGAAAUUGGCUGUGUCGGCAGAUUGUAAAACUCUGCUGAAGUUUGUUCACCUGUGUUUGAGUGCUAGUAAAGUGGAUAUGUCAAUAGCGACGAAAAUACACAUCGGCAAUUUGGCUGUGAUGGCUUAUACAGAGCUGAUAUUAAGAUAUGGUGGGCAACAAAGGGUAUCCAAUACCAAAGAUUUUAUGAACUUUCUGUGUUAUGAGGAAUAUUAUGAUCAAAUAUUAGCUGUUAAUGUAGCCUGCCAAGCAGGUCAUUGGAACGUUGUUAGUUUGCUGGCCACGACGCGUGGAUUGCAGCCAGAAGUGGUUUCAGCUAUGGGGCAAAUCCUACAAAGUGCCAGAGCACCAAAGCCUACGGACAGAGAAUUUGUAUAUGCUCUGUCGGAACCUAGUCUAUCGCAAAGUUUACUUAUUUUAGGUCAAUGCUCUCAGGUGAUAUUCCAGUACAUCCGUACGCAUGUAGCCGCAUUUCCUGUGGAAAUACUCUACCGAUUGGCAGCUCAAUUGGACCCGAGUCAGCCGUGCGCGGUGCCGCUUGUCAGUCGGAUGUUCCAUUCCAACAAACAUUCCUCCAGUUUGGAUACGACCAUUGAAAUGCUGGAAUUGGAUAACCCGGAUAGGAGUAAUGUUACCGUUCGAGACAUGAUCGAGACUUUCCUCACUGUGGCGGUGUACUUGACGUGGAAGACUGAGAAAACAAGCUACGACUCGUCACUGCUGGACCUCGUCCACCCUCCGGAUUCGCCCUCUCCCGAGCACUCGGCGAAGGUUCCGAUCCCCGAUCUGCGCCCGCUAAGUUGCGGAUUCGAACACGCCGCGGUCAUCCGGAACGACGUGGCGUACGCGAUGGGCGUUUCCGCAGCUGGAUGUCUCGGUUUGGGGCCGAUGCUGACCCAGAGCAGCCCGCCGCAACCGGUCCGGGCACUCGCAGAGGCGGGCGUUAGGGUGCUGAGCGUCAGUUGCGGGCGGAAGCAUACGUUGGCGCUUACGGAUUAUGGGGUCUAUGCUUGGGGAUCGAACGCGUAUGGUCAGCUCGGACUAGGAUCUCACGUUCAGGAGAGUCCGUAUCCUCAGAUGCUGACAUCGAUAACUGCAAUAAAAAUGAUCGACGUAGUUGCCGGGCAAUACCACAGCCUGGCACUUUCAUCUGCUGGACAGGUGUAUACUUGGGGCUGGGGGAUUCAUGGACAACUCGGACAAGGAAACUGUGAUAACUUAUUCUACCCAAAACUACUGAAUCUGCCUUUCACCGUCAAGCAAAUAGCGGCGGGUCAUGCGCACAGCUUGAUAUUAACGACUGAAGGAAAAUUGUACGGAUUCGGAUCGAACGUCUUCGGCCAAUUGGAGAGCUGUCACUUGGAUGCGAAUAAGUCUGCAGAACCCGUUUGGGUUGUUGUUAUGCCUGACAUGUACAUGCCUAUAGAGAAGAUCGCUACCGCGUAUUUUCACAACAUCGCUGUCCGUACCGACCAAGAAGUAUUCACGUGGGGUGCCAGUCCGCAGGAAGUCCGCCUGUUCCAAUCGAAGAACAAUCAACGUCAAAACGGCGUAUCGUGCAAUCCCUCGGACUCUUGGAAAUCCACCGUUCACAUCUACUCCGGUUCGAAAAACAGCCGAAUCGACCAGGUCGCUGUCGGCUACCGCCACUCCGCGAUCUUGCAGAGCGGGAAGAUCCUGUGGGGCAAGAACAGGGAUGAAGAACUGUGCCAACCGACGCUAAGGCAACAGGACAACAUGAAUAGCAUAUUCAUGCAAAGGUUCAAGUAUGUUUCGUGCGGACUGGAUUACACGAUGGCGAUAGAUCAUACCGGGAAGUUGCUGGCGUGGGGAAGCCCUUCUAUGGCGCAGACAAUCCUGGGAAAGCAAAUGGACGACGACAAUCGAAAAAUGGAAGCGAAAGUGGCGUUUUUCAAAAACACGAAACGCGUCGUACGAUUCCCCGCUUCCUCUCAAAGCAACACCAACUCCCUGCCGAUAGAAGUGCCGGGACUUCCAACGAUGGCCAUAACGUUCAAUCCCACGAAUCACAAACUCCUCUUUUCCAGAAACUUCAUUCCGUACGCUGUCAGACUAAUCGAGAAUAGUUCGCCGACAUUCCAAGCAGGGAAAUCGGGUAGUUUCGAUCACAUAUACGACGUGCCUAAAGUGAAAUACGGCCACAAAACUUUGCACUACGCAUUGGAAACGUACUAUGGUUUCUACGAUACGGACACGAUUUUGUCGAAGUGUUUGGAAGUGCACAAUUACCAGGCUGCUGCCAAGAUGGCGAUCUUAGGCGGUCACUUCGGCGAUAGCUUGGGAUUUCAACUCAUCGCGUUCAAAAAGUACAUGGAAACGUUAGAUCUGAACUUACGCGUGAAGAGAAGUAAAAAUAUGCGUGAAGAUAUGAACGAGAAAAACCUGAUGUCAGAGAAGAUACCGUGUCAGUCGCCAGCGCAUAUUUUGAGUUCCAGCUCCUCUUUGGACAGUAUCAGACAGUGGGGUGAAGAGGAACACCAAGGAGGUUGUGAAAGUCCUUGCGAAGUCCCCGAAAUUGGCGAUAUAAGGCAAAAUGUAUCCCAAUACGUCCAAUCUUUAAAAAAUGAUGUCCCCGCCGCGAUCAACAGCGUUUCGAAGAUGGUUUCGGAGGUAGACAACGUUCAAAUCAAACUGAAAGACGCCGAAUACGAGAUCCUCAUCAAAGAUAAAACAACGAAGGGGAUCAUCGACGCCGCAUCUCACAUCGUCGAGUUUUACAUAAAAAAGAUCUACAUGCUGGAGAAUCACAUUCUGAUGCAGAACGUCCUGCUGCGGUGUAUCGAUUUUUGGUUGAAAAACAGUCUUCCGGUUCCCGUGUUGGAGAGCGUGUUGUUGAAAAAUUUGGAUAAGUACUUUUAUCCGUUGUCGAUCCUGUUGUUCUGCAAGAACAUAGGAAACAACCUGGACGAGAUUUCGAAGGACGAGAACGUGAUCAAACCGACGUCGUCCUCCGGCUUUUUGAAAGAAUUCUCGACAAAGUUUUGCCUUCAGUUGUGUUCUAUGGUGUUAGAGAACGUUAACAAGUCAUAGCGUCCUUUAGGAAAACAAAUUGUCUUGGGUCACAUGGAAUGCGUGUAGAGAACCGGUUGAUAAUAGAAAAUUAGUUUAAAAGUUAAUCGAUUCAUAUGACAAAACUAAUUAUAAAAGCAAUACCUUUAAAAAAUGAAACAAGAGCACAAAACGACAUGAUAUAUA